AUGAAAACUACUCUAGCCAAAAAAAUACCUUUUGUUGUCAGUAUUAUAUUAUUAGAAUCAGCGAAAGAAGAGGCAGAAGAAAACCAUGGCUAUAUAUUAAUGCCGAACCGAGCAGAUCCACGAGUAAGACGUGCAAAAUUAGGACAUGCUGUACUUAUUGUUGGCUAUAAUGAUCAAACAGAACAUUUUCUUGUACGAAACUCUUGGGGAUCAGAUUGGGUAAGAACACAUAGAAAACCUGUUUCUUUUCGAAUAAUAUCAGAUUUAUUUUAA